CGCCCGGAGUCUGCUGGAGGCUCCAGUCUCUGGCGUUAAAGAAAAAGAUGCUGCUGAUGACGGAUAUGGAGAAUACAGUCAUUCUGUAGAGAGAACUGACCCCAGAACAGAACACACCGUCUCUUCAGCUGCAGACAUAAAGACGGAACUGAUGCAGUUAAGGAGGGUAUCAGUGGUGCUGGUGGACUGCUGUAGAACACGAGGACAGCGAGGGAAUGCCGAAGAGAACAACAGAGAUGGAGAACAGCCCGAAGCCCGGGCAAAGAAAUCCCGAAAAUACUCCAAAUGUGGCCGUAGUUUUUCGGAAGUGAGGAAUCUCAAGCAACAUCAGCACAUUCACACAGGAGGGAAGCCGUAUUCCUGCUCCCAAUGUGGGAAGAGCUUUAGUCGAAAUGCUAAUCUUAAAUCUCAUGAACGCAUUCACACAGGUGAGAGGCCAUAUUCCUGCUCCCAAUGUGGGAAGAGCUUUAGUCGAAAUGCUCAUCUUAAAUCUCAUGAACGCAUUCACACGGGAGAGAAGGAGUAUUCCUGCUCCCUAUGUGGCCACAGUUUCAGUCAUGCGGUGAGUCUCAAGAACCACCAGCACAUUCAUACGGGAAAGAAGCCGUAUUCCUGCUCCCAAUGUGGGAAGAGCUUUAGUCGAAAUGCUCAUCUUAAAUCUCAUGAACGCAUUCACACGGGAGAGAAGGAGUAUUCCUGCUCCCUAUGUGGCCACAGUUUCAGUCAUGCGGUGAGUCUCAAGAACCACCAGCACAUUCAUACGGGAAAGAAGCCGUAUUCCUGCUCCCAAUGUGGGAAGAGCUUUAGUCGAAAUGAUCAUCUUAAAUCUCAUGAACGCAUUCACACGGGAGUGAAGCCAUACCCCUGCCUCCAAUGUGGCCAGUGUUUCGCUCAAGCAAGAAGUCUCAACAAGCACAAGCGCAUUCACAGAGGAGAGAAGCCAUACCCCUGCCUCCAAUGUGGCCAGAGUUUCAGUCAUGCAAAAAGUCUCAAGAAGCACCAACACAUUCAUACGGGAGAGAAGCCGUAUUCCUGCUCCCAAUGUGGGAAGAGCUUUAGUCGAAGUGAUCAUCUUAAAUCUCAUGAACGCAUUCACACGGGAGAGAAGCCGUAUUCCUGCUUCCAAUGUGGGAAGAGCUUUAGUCGAAAUGAUCAACUUAAAUCUCAUGAACGCAUUCACACGGGAGAGAAGCCGUAUUCCUGCUCCCAAUGUGGGAAGAGCUUUAGUCAAAAUGCUCAUCUUAAAUCUCAUGAACGCAUUCACACAGGAGUGAAGCCAUACCCCUGCCUCCAAUGUGGCCAGUGUUUCGCUCAAGCAAGAAGUCUCAUCAAGCACAAGCGCAUUCACACAGGAGAGAAGCCAUAUUCCUGCUCCCAAUGUGGGAAGAGCUUUAGUCGAAAUGAUCAUCUUAAAUCUCAUGAGCGCAUUCACACGGGAGAGAAGCCGUAUUCCUGCUCCCAAUGUGGGAAGAGCUUUAUUCGAAAUGAUCAUCUUAAAUCUCAUGAACACAUUCACAAUGGAGAGAAGCUGUAUUCCUGCUCCCAAUGUGGGAAGAGCUUUAGUCGAAGUGAUAAUCUUAAAUCUCAUGAAGGCGUUCAGCACCAACACAUUCACACAGGAGAGAGGCCAUAUUCCUGCUCCCAACCAGAGAAGUUAAAUCACUGAUGGGAAAAUGAUUGGGGGAAAUAGAAGGGAAUCCGUAAUGCCUGAUAUAGCAGAGUUGUGGCAUAGUUUCAUCAGAGAGGACUCUGUCAAACCACACCGAGGCAUCCAUACAGGAGAAAGGCCAUAGCUCUGCACGCUGUGGGGCCAGAGCGUCCAUCAAGAGUAUCAUCUCAAACAACAUCUGGUCAUGACCUGGAGAGAGUCUUGUUGAGGAUCAUGAUUUGCAGGGGAGUCACUGGGCGGUUCAUGUCAAAGUGUUAUUUCAAAUGAGUUGUAAAUGUUUUUUUUUUUUCUUUCUCUUCAGUUGAAGUGUGACUGGCUUACGAUAUUAUUUACCACUUUCUGGUUUACAAAAGAUAGUUGCACAUAUUUUCCCAGUCAGUAUUUUCAUUGUGAACGCCUGUGUAACUACUAUAUUUCUGAAGGCUAAAUACGUUAUUUGCUUACAAAUAUUUGAAAUGAAUAAAAGAAAAACUUAAACAUUUUGCUUGCAGGAGUAUUCAGCCCCUAUAUCUUAAUAUCUGGCAGAUAGACCAUUUGCUGCAAUAACAGCCUUAAAGGGAAACUCUGAGAUUGUUUUUAAACAUGGGCUCUAUCUUAAGAUCUUAAGAUUUACAUUUAACGAUCAGCAUCUCCAGUAUUCAGGAACUGGCAACCGCAAAAUGGCUAUACAAUGUAAUCCCAUUGGGCAAGUAUCUGUGUUAAGGUAAACCGCUUGCAGCAAGGCGUUUACAUCCAAUGGAAAUCUCAGGGGAUAUAAGUGCAUCCACGCAGGGGAACAUACGCAAGGUCUUAACUCACAUCUAACAUUACAGCAACACCAACACACAUCUAACAUUACAGCAACACCAACACACAUCUAACAUUACAGCAACACCAACACAAGGUCUCAACUCGCAUCUAACAUUACAGCAACACCAACACACAUCUAACAUUACAGCAACACCAACUCGCAUCUAACAUUACAGCAACACCAACUCGCAUCUAACAUUACAGCAACACCAACUCACAUCUAACAUUACAGCAACACCAACACAAGGUCUCAACUCACAUCUAACAUUACAGCAACACCAACACACAUCUAACAUUACACCAACACCAACACAAGGUCUGAGCUCCUCUGUCACAAUGAUGUCAAUGCAGACGGAGCAAGUGACUUAGUU